UGUAAGAAGAAGAAGAAGCAAAAAUGAGAAACCAAACCUUGUCAUUCUUGCUCUUCUCUGUCCUGAUCAUGUCGUUGAGCUCGAGUGUCGAUGCUAGAGCUAAAACCUGCAAACCAAGUGGCAAGAUCAAGGGCAAGAAACCUCCUAAAGACAAAUGCAAUCAGGACCACGACUCCGAUUGCUGUGAAAGUGGCAAGUACUACGACACCUACAAGUGCUCGCCCCCGGUCACUGGCCGGACUAAAGCAGUCCUGACUAUCAAUGGCUUCGGGAAAGGUGAUGACGGUGGAGGGCCGGCAGAGUGUGAUGGCAAGUACCACUCGGACGACACCCCCAUCGUGGCUCUCUCGACGGGGUGGUUCAACAACAUGAAGAGGUGCUUCCAGAACAUCACCAUUCAUGGCAAUGGGAAGAGUGUGGCUGCCAUGGUGGUGGAUGAGUGUGACUCAACUGUGGGGUGCGAUGACGAGCACGACUACCAGCCGCCGUGCCCCAACAACAUUGUCGAUGCUUCUGAAGCUGUCUGGAGAGCUCUAGGAGUGCCUAAAAAUGAUUGGGGUGAAAUGAAAAUCAAGUGGUCUACUUGCUGCAAACCAAGUGGCAAGAUCAAGGGCAAGAAACCUCCUAAAGACAAAUGCAAUCAGGACCACGACUCCGAUUGCUGUGAAAGUGGCAAGUACUACGACACCUACAAGUGCUCGCCCCCGGUCACUGGCCGGACUAAAGCAGUCCUGACUAUCAAUGGCUUCGGGAAAGGUGAUGACGGUGGAGGGCCGGCAGAGUGUGAUGGCAAGUACCACUCGGACGACACCCCCAUCGUGGCUCUCUCGACGGGGUGGUUCAACAACAUGAAGAGGUGCUUCCAGAACAUCACCAUUCAUGGCAAUGGGAAGAGUGUGGCUGCCAUGGUGGUGGAUGAGUGUGACUCAACUGUGGGGUGCGAUGACGAGCACGACUACCAGCCGCCGUGCCCCAACAACAUUGUCGAUGCUUCUGAAGCUGUCUGGAGAGCUCUAGGAGUGCCUAAAAAUGAUUGGGGUGAAAUGAAAAUCAAGUGGUCUACUUGAUCAAGAACAGAACCAACACAGAAUUCAGUGACUUGUUGAAGACUUCGUGUUUUUAAGGAAUAAGAGUUUGUUUGUGGUGAGUCAAUCUUUGUUUUCUAGGAGAUUGCAAUAUAUUUGUUAAAAAUAUACCCAUGUAGCAACAUAUGUGCAUAUCAAGAUAUAUACAAUAAAUAUAUAUUUGUUUUCUUUUCUACUGUUUUACUAUUUAUAGAAAGUUACCAGACUUGCAAUACAUUGGUUUAUCUCAAAAUGCACUCUUAAUAUUUUUAGAGAAGAAUAAAAAAUGCUGCAGUUAUCAGAGUAUGGAUGGUUAAAGAAAGAACUUAAUCAUCAAACAACUUUCCAAAUGGCUUAAACCUAUAAAAUCUACUUACAAUUUUUUACUUGAAAUUUUUGUUCCAUGAUGAACAGAUGAUAUGAAUCAU